AUGUUUCACAAAUGCUUAAGUGGAUGUGAUUCUGAAUCUGACUUUGAAGAUUGUUGGCACAAGAUGGUUCAAAAACAUGGUUUAGAGAAAAAAGAAUGGUUUGACAGGUUAUACGGUCUACGAGAUAAAUGGUGCACAGCAUUGAGCAAGGAUAUUUUCUCAGCUGGAAUUCUUUCAUCUCAAAGGGUAGAAGUAACAAACAGAGCAAUUUCAUUUAAGGCCAACAAAACCACUAAGCUUUUGGAGUUCUUUCACAUAUUUGAAGCUACUGUGAAAAGAUGGAGAAGCACUGAAAAGAGUGACAACUUCAGAUGUACUACUGAGAGACCAAGAACAACAACAAAGAUAUUAAAACAUGCAGCUGAAGUUUAUACUCUAAACUUAUACAAGAAUUUUAGGCUGGAAUUUGAAACAAGUCUUGGAGCAUAUGCAAGAGAAAAAGCCACUUCAAUGCAAUAUGUCAAAUUCUUUGAUGUUUCUCUUGAUGAAGAUUAUUUGCACACCUAUCAAGUCAUAUAUUACACUCAAAACAAUGAGUUUAUGUGUUCUUGUAUGUGCUUCACAGAGACUGGAUUGCUGUGCUUUCACAUUAUCAAGAUAAUGCUAAUGUACAACAUACUUGCUAUACCAGAGAGAUACAUUCUGAAACGUUGGACCAAGCUUGCUAAAUGA